CGUUCACCUGCCUCUAUAUUAUGUUCUCGCAUCUGUGGACGUUGCCGCGGCGACGAGUGUGGCAUCAUAAUGGCAGCGAUUGAAAUAUUUUCGAGCUCCGUCACUUACAAAUACAAGAGCAGGAUACAUUCCUGUGCUUCGAUCGUCGUCUUUGCGUUCAUCGUGCUAUCCUUGCUCACGCCUCUUUUUAUAAUCUACAAUGCCGGGGGCAUUUGGAUAAGAAAUCGGAUGCAUGCGGAAACACCGGAUGUGCAUUUUGAGUAUAAGUAUCUGCUGCUCGCGGAAGUAGAUUCUUACAAGGAGCCUAUCGUGUGUUCCACUUUUGCGACAUACAAGGAAAACGAGAUCAAAGAUCAUUGUACACUAAUCAAGGUACGAGAGAACGACUUAAAUGGCGAUGGACAGAAGGAUUCGUUAAAGUUUGAAGCUUACUUUUACACGGACAAACCAGUUAAAUCUUUAAGACUCUUGUUGUUCUUCAAUUUUCAGUUGAAGCAUCUCAUUGAAGCGACGAUAGAAUCUAUCGGUGUGUUCGAUCAGGUGUUAAGUCAUUUGGAGGUUCAAGAGAUACGGUUCUUCGGUGAUUUGGAAUUAAGACAGAAAGGACUCUUGCGCAGCGAGGGCCUUUACAAGUCGUACAACCACAGCGUAGAACUGUCCGAUUAUUCUCUACCCGAACUGCUGUUGCACAAUUUCAACCAAAAGUUUUCAGCCAGAAUUACGAACGAACGAGUAACGUGGCGAAGCGGCUUCUCCAAAGAUGAAGUAGUGGCCGUCAUCGGUGAAUUGUUUUAUGCAGAAAACUUUAUUUAUUAUCAACCGAGCGUGUGGGAGGAAUUGAAAUGGGCAUGGAUCCAAUAUAUAUCGUGCCUGCUUGUUUUCGCAUAUGUUGCUAAACAUAUUCUGGUGUUUCUAUUCACCAACAAAUACUUGAACACGUAUAUCGUAAGACCGUGGCGAGACACGGUGGAGUAGCGGCACGAUUUAACCAUGUCCACGAAAUCAAAGGAGAAGGUCGUAGCCGCCAUCCGGAAGCUCUUCCGAUCUUCUGAGAAGAUUGCGGAGCCGGAAGGAGCCAGCGGCUCGACCAAUUCGCCGUCAAGGAGACUCCUAAGUCGUCAUCAUCGUCCAGACAUCGUCACUCCAGCGGAUGUUCCGAUACCAGAAAAUCCAGAUCCCAUGCACGUCGAUCGUAAUUGUUUCUUCAAGAUGAAAAAGUCCGCAAAGGACAAUAACGAAUGUAAGGCCGCCAGCGACAAGGAUGUCGGUCUACGUCGACUGAUGAAGGAAUUCAACAGGAUUCAAAGAGCACAACGUCACGGCGAUUCGGCCUUCACCGCCGAACUCGUCAACGACAACGUCUUCGAGUGGUCUGUCCGAUUGCACAAGAUCGAUCCGGAUAGCAAACUAGCGGCCGACAUGCGUGAACUGAAGAUACCUCAUAUAUUGUUGAAUGUGAUCUUCCCGAAGGAAUUCCCGUUCGCGCCACCUUUCAUGAGAGUGAUCUCGCCAAGGAUCGAGCAGGGCUUUGUCAUGCACGGCGGUGCUAUUUGCAUGGAACUUCUCACACCGAGAGGAUGGUGCUGCGCAUAUAGUGUCGAAUCGAUGAUCAUGCAAUUCGCGGCCAGUGUUGUGAAGGGACAGGCACAAGUGUCGAGGAAGUCGAAGCCCAAUAAAGAGUACAAUCGACAAUUGGCCGAGGAGACAUUCAAGAAUCUGGUGAAAACGCACGAGAAAUACGGCUGGGUGACGCCACCACUCGCUGAAGGCUGAUCUUAUUGUUAGAAUACAAUUAUCAUCCAAAGCUGGAAGAGGUCCGCGUUUCUUGUUUAAAAAGGUGCGCACGAACCGACAUGAUUCUUUAUGAUUUCUGAUUUUUCCGGAAACGCCGACAAUGAUUUUUUUCUGUUUCCGUUCAGGAAGCUCACGUGUAAUUUCGUUAUCGCGAAUAUACACAUUCAGUCAGAAAGGAAUUCAUCAAAUUCGUCGAGUGAACGAGAAACUUACGUAGUUUUCUUUGCAUUUUCACGCAUUUUUCUCUUUCUCUUUAAUCGCAAGAAUACUUUUGACUGUGUUUCUGCCAAAGAUAAAACUUUGAAAAGAAAUUUUUUUGAAAAUUUCAAAACUUUAAAUCCCUGUGUUUAUACAACUACGCCAAAUUAGUUAUUAAGACGAAUAUAACAUCGUUAUAAUGUUAUAAUGUUAUCUGCGCUUGUCAAAUCGUCACAAGAAAAUAUCAGAAGCUCAUAACAAAGUACUUUGUUUCAUUCAACAUAAAUAUAGAAGAAAUGAGAAAGAUUGCUCAAUAAUGUAUACUGAAUUGUUAAAUGCGCUCGAUUAUAUAUAUAUAUAUAUAUAUAUAUAUAUAUA